AUGACCGACCCCACCACCAACGACCCUCAAAUUCAUCUAACAGAAAUCGACGUCGACCUAGACGUCCAAGAGAUCCUCCUCGCCGCCUCACAGCACGACAUCUCCAAGCUCCGGCGCCUCUGUCGCACACAAUCCUCAUUACCCGAUGCAGCGAACGUAAAGGACCCAGAGACGGGCUACUCGCCCCUUCACGCCGCCAUUGCAGCCUGCGAGCCCGACGAAGACGAGAAAACAAACGGCGAGGCUGCGUCUGCAGACAAGGAGCUGCUGGCGUCCGGUGCUGAAACGGUCAAGUUCUUGCUACAAGAGGGUGCGAUCUGGAAUGAUCUCGAUAACAAGAAUGAGACGCCUGGCUGUUUGGCGCGGCGCAUUGGAGCGCUAGACCUCUACGAGCUUAUUGUUGAUGCUGGUGUGCGUGCGGAGAUGCUACUGAGCCGAUUGGAUGAGUAUGCGGCACUAUCAGACAGCGAUGAUGAGGAGGACGAGGGCGAGACUGCAGAGAACACCGAGGACAAGGCCGAGGACGAGACCGCACCCGAACUCAUCGAGGUGUCUACAGAACAACCCGCCGAAUCCGCCGCAGCUAAUCCCGAAGUCAACAACCGUGGCUACCUUUCAUCUAUACUCUCCAUCAACAACGACCGCAUACUCGACUCGGACCAAAACGGCGUCAUGAUGCGCUGGGAAAGCGACAUCAUGCUCAAAUCCGCCAAAGCACUCCUCCCACGCCCAGGCCUGAAGGUCCUCAAUGUCGGACACGGCAUGGGCAUCGUGGACGGAUUCUUCCAAGACCAAGGUCCCGCCGAGCAUCACAUCAUCGAAGCGCACCCGUCCGUGCUAGCCGACAUGAAGGCCAAGGGGUGGGACACCAAGCCCGGUGUAACCAUCCACGAGGGCCGGUGGCAAGAUGUUCUCCCCGGUCUUGUGGGUGAGGGCGUCACGUUUGACGCGAUCUACUAUGAUACGUUCGCCGAGUCCUAUGCCGAUUUCCGGGAGUUCUUCUCUGAGCAGGUUAUCGGGUUGUUGGAGCAGGAUGGGAAAUGGGGCUUCUUUAAUGGGAUGGGAGCUGAUCGGCAGAUCUCGUAUGAUGUGUAUCAGAAGGUUGCGGAGAUGGAUCUGUUCGAGGCUGGGUUUGAUGUUGAGUGGGAGGAGAUUCCGGUGCCGAAGCUGGAAGGCGAGUGGGAUGGUGUGAGAAGGGCGUACUGGGUUGUUGAUAGCUACCGACUUCCGCUUUGUCGGUUCAUGGACUAA